AUGAGAAUCCCACUCUUCAAACGCCUCGUCAUCGCCUGUUUCAACAUUUUCUUCCCCCCACUGGCAGUGUUGCUCAUCUGCGGGCCGAACGAGGACUUGCUGUUCAAUUGUCUCAUGUUCCUCCUGGCAGUCAUACCCUCUCACGUGCACGGAUUCUACAUCUCCCUCACCUACUUCACCCGGAAGCGCAGGGUCCGCAAGGGCGUGUACCCGGGCAAGCCGAAACAUCUCAUCUGGAGCGACAAGGUGAACAAUGGAGGUGCGAGCAGGAGAGAGGUCGAGAAAUUGAGGCGGAAAAAGGAGACGGGUACUAUCUCUAGAAGGAGGUCCAGAUCCAGCCGGCGAGUUCCCGAUCGGGGCAGAAAUCGUGUCGCAACUUGGGAUGAUGGACACAAGGAGUAUGCUCGCUCGCGAUCGCCCGGAGGCUUUGGUCAUGGACGGGGGGGUUGGUCGGAUUGA